AUGACGUUGCAGAUGGAUGACAACAAGCGGUUCACACCCAGUGAUUGGCUGCUGAUCCAGAAGACCGAGUUUGACAAGGAGUCGAACAUCCGAAUGUCCAUGAGCUAUGGAAAUUUAGGUGAGCACAUGAAGAAGCAGUCGGCGAAGGUGGAACCGGCACUCUUGCCAUCAGGGAUCCGACGUUUGCCAGAGAAUGGCGAACUACCCGGCAUCAGUAAGGGUUGGUGCAGCCGUGUCUACCAGAAUUUGGACCGCAAACGUCCCGAAGUGCACCCGACCGAUGUGGACUCAUCCGCACCUCGCGUGCCGAAUGGCGAGACAGCUCCAAGGCCGGCAGUGGAGCUGGACGUUCAAAAGAGCACUGGCCCACGUAUGCCAGAGCUGCCGAGCUCUUUCAAUGCUCCAAGGGCUGACGGCCGAACGCCACUGCUGGCACGCACGGUGGUGAAUGCUCCUGCAAGGCUCGACUGCUCCCGCAUCCGCGAGGCAGCGCGCAUGCCAAAGUCUGCAUCCUCUGCUACACUACGAAGGCUCGACGAGAAGGAGUUUGAUGGCUGCCGCCGCACCUGCUGCAGCUCCAGCAUCAUCUUCGGCAAGUGA